AUGACAUGUUGGUUCAUAUCUAUCUAUCUAUCUAUCUAUCUAUCUAUCUAUCUAUCACUGUACAUAUCUAUCACUGUACAUAUCUAUCUAUCCAUAUCUAUAUUUUCUCUCUAUCAAAGCUUGUUCCUAUCUAUCUAUCUAUCUAUCUAUCUAUCUAUCUAUCAGUUUGUACACAUCUGUAUAUCUAUCUCAAUUUUUCAUAUCUCUCUAUCCCAUAUCUAUCAAUCUCUCUAUCUGUGUAUCUAUCUAUGUAUCUAUCUAUGUAUCUAUCUGAAUUUAUUUAUAUAUAUGUCUCAUUUUUUCAUCUAUCUAUCUAUCUAUCUGAAUUUAUUUAUAUAUAUGUCUCAUUUUUUCAUCUAUCUAUCUAUCUAUCUAUCUAUAUCUAUCUAUCUAUCUAUCUCAAUUCACUUUAUCUAUCUGUCUGUUUAUCUAUCUAUCUAUUUUAUAACUAUCUACGUUUCUACAUAUCUAUCUACCUAUCUAUCUAAAUCAGUUUUUACAUAUCUAUCUCUCUAUCUAUAUCAAUUUGUUCAUAUAUAUCUGUUUCAUUUUUCAUAUCUAUCUAUCUAUCUCAGUUGCUUCAUCUCUCUCUCUCUCUCUAUAGUUAAUCUAUCUAUGACAGUUUUUAAAUAUCUAUCUAUCCAUCUAUCUAUAUAUGUUUGUUCAUAUCUAUCUAUGCCUUUAUCUAAUUCUGUUUCUAUGUAUUUCUCUCUCUCUCUCUCUCUCACUGUACAUAUCUAUCUAUCCAUAUCCUUUCUCUCUAAGCUUGUUCCUAUCUAUCUAUCUAUCUAUUUUAUAACUAUCUACGUUUCUACAUAUCUAUCUAUCUUUCUCAGAUAUCUUUUUAUUUUAUUUUUUCGUGCCUAUCUAUCUAUCUAUCUAUCUAUCUAUCUAUCUAUCUAUCUAUCUGAUCAAUUUAUCAAUUUGCUCGCCUCACAUGUGUUGCCCAAUGACGCUAAGCAACCCGCUAAUGGUGACAUUUUUUUCAUUACAGUAUACAUGAAUUCGGAAAUGGGUGAAUAA